UCCGUGACAUUGUCUAUUGUCAUAUGUCAUUCCUGGAGGUUAUGUUUUGAUUGUGUGUGUUUUUAGUGCAAUUGUGAUUCAGAAAAAAGCAGCGGAAAUGCAUUUAAGUACUUUAAAUGUGGUGUUUUAAACCUUCACACGUUUCUUCUUAAUUGACGAAAAACUGUGCUAAAUAUUGCCUUGUCUAAAGCUUGUGCAACGUUAGACAAGAGGCGAUUUUGCAAUCAUGAAUAUGCGAGAUAAAGAGAAAUACAUUGAAAAUUUCCAUUUCCCGUUCUGUGAUGAAUCGGAAAAAUACGAGAAAAUUGCGAAAAUUGGCCAAGGAACGUUCGGUGAAGUGUUCAAGGCGAGGGACAAAAGUAAUCCUAAGAAAUUCGUAGCAAUGAAAAAAGUGUUAAUGGACAAUGAAAAAGAGGGCUUUCCAAUCACAGCUUUGCGCGAAAUACGAAUUUUGCAACUAUUGAAACACGAAAACGUUGUUAAUCUUAUAGAAAUAUGCCAAACUAAGGCUGCAUACCGCAACAGAUACAAGUCAACGUUUUAUUUAGUGUUCGAUUUUUGUGAACACGACUUGGCCGGGUUGUUGUCAAACGUCCACGUUAAGUUUAGUCUAGGAGAGAUAAAAAAAGUAGUGCAACAAUUAUUUAACGGUCUGUAUUACAUACACAGCAACAAAAUUCUUCAUAGAGAUAUGAAAGCCGCCAAUGUGUUAAUUACAAAGAAUGGUGUUUUAAAAUUGGCCGAUUUUGGCCUAGCUCGUGCAUUUAGUACCAAUAAGAAUGGACUGCCAAAUAGAUUUACAAAUCGUGUCGUUACGUUAUGGUAUAGGCCUCCAGAACUGUUGUUAGGUGAAAGAAACUACGGCCCCCCAGUUGAUUUGUGGGGGGCUGGCUGUAUUAUGGCCGAAAUGUGGACAAGGUCCCCCAUAAUGCAGGGCAACAGCGAGCAACAACAGCUCACUCUGAUUUCUCAACUUUGUGGCACCAUCUGCCCCCAGGUCUGGCCAGGAGUUGAGAAUCUGGAGUUGUACAAGAAGAUGGAACUCCCCGUCCAAAAGCGAAAAGUGAAAGAGAGGCUGAAGCACUACAUGAAAGACCCGUACGCUUGUGAUUUACUCGAUAAGCUGUUGGUCCUCGACCCCGCCAAACGGGCCGAUGCUGAUACGGCCCUCAACCAUGACUUUUUCUGGACUGACCCAAUGCCAUGCGAUUUGAGCAAAAUGUUAGCCACUCACACUCAAAGCAUGUUUGAAUAUUUGGCUCCGCCGAGAAGACCGACACAAAUGAGGCAUCAUUCGUUGCCAAGACCGACAACUUCCGCUGUGCAAGACAGCGGAUACCAAGAUAGGGUUUUUUAGUUGUAAGAAACACGGACAUUGUGGUUAUUUUCAAGUAAUGUGGAAAUUGUUUCUAAAGUGGAAACAUAACUGAAGGUUUUUCGGGAACCCUAAAAUUUGAUGUUACUUUUUAUUAUCUUUUUGUAACGUUUAAUAUGAUGUUACUUAGUUAACAUAGCGAAUAAACUGUGUAAAAACG